GCAGCUUCAGCCGCUGCCGCCUCAGCCCCUCCACAGCGACGGUGGUGGCCGAGGCUGAGUCGGUGGCGGCGCCGGUGGCUGCAGGCUGAGCGGCGAGUUUCCGAUUUAAAGCGGAGCAGCGAGGAAAAUGGCGGCGGUCGGAAGGUAUUCUUCUGAGAUGUUCAGUUUCCUUGCUAUGAGUGGCGGUUAUGAAUCUUCACUUUUUGGAAACCGGGCUGACUAGAUCACUUGAUGAUCCACGUACUGCUGAAAGGGGAGCACUGGCCUGGAUCAAAACAUUUGCUGAACAGUGGACCCAGAGACCAAUAAAAACAAACUCCAACUCAGGCAUCAUUUGACUGGUUAGCCAGUCUCUUUUGAGAUAUAAAAGAGAGAAGCAAGCAGAGAGGAGGGGGACCUCAUUACCACCAAGCAAGAAGAGCCAGGAGUGGAGCAUGUCCUUUGAUCUCACGGUCCCUGCACCGAGAAGCUCCAGAUCAGGGAAAGAUUGAUGACAAGGACCUUCCUCCAGAACCGACAGAGAAAGAAAGCCUUCCCCAGGAGUUGGUGCCCUGAUUUUGGACUUCUAGCCUCCUAGACUAAACUCCAGAAUAUAUGUAUGCAUCUCACUAUUGGAUUUAUGACAUGAUUCCAAGAGCACAGACUACUUUGGGGCAGUUUCUAAUGUAUAUUGAAGAUGAGUGGAUUAGGAGAAAACUCCUUGGAUCCGUUGGCUACUGAUUCACGAAAACGCAAAUUGCCAUGCGAUACCCCAGGACAAGGUCUUACCUGCAGUGGUGAAAAGUGGAGAAGGGAGCAGGAGAGUAAAUAUAUUGAAGAAUUGGCUGAACUGAUAUCUGCUAAUCUUAGUGAUAUUGACAAUUUCAAUGUCAAACCAGAUAAAUGUGCAAUUUUAAAGGAAACAGUAAGACAGAUACGUCAAAUAAAAGAGCAAGGAAAAGCUAUUUCCAGUGACGAUGAUGUUCAGAAAGCUGAUGUGUCUUCUACAGGACAGGGAGUUAUUGAUAAAGACUCCUUAGGACCACUUUUACUUCAGGCACUGGAUGGUUUCCUGUUUGUCGUGAAUCGAGACGGAAACAUUGUAUUUGUGUCAGAAAAUGUCACACAAUACCUGCAAUAUAAGCAAGAGGACCUGGUUAAUACAAGUGUCUACAAUAUCUUACAUGAAGAAGACAGAAAGGAUUUUCUUAAAAACUUGCCGAAAUCUACAGUUAAUGGAGUCGCCUGGACAAAUGAGACACAGAGACAGAAGAGCCAUACGUUUAAUUGCCGUAUGUUGAUGAAAACACCACAGGAUAUUCUGGAAGACAUAAGCACCAGCCCUGAAGUACGCCAGAGAUAUGAAACAAUGCAGUGCUUUGCCCUGUCCCAGCCACGAGCUAUGAUGGAGGAAGGGGAAGAUUUGCAAUCCUGUAUGAUCUGUGUGGCACGCCGCAUUACUACAGGAGAAAGAGCGUUUCCAGCAAAUCCCGAAAGCUUCAUUACUAGGCAUGAUCUUUCAGGCAAAGUUGUCAAUAUAGAUACAAAUUCUCUGAGAUCAUCCAUGAGGCCUGGCUUUGAAGAUAUAAUCCGAAGAUGUAUUCAGAGAUUUUUUAGUCUUAAUGAUGGACAGUCAUGGUCCCAGAAACGUCAUUAUCAAGAAGCUUACAUUCAUGGCCAUGCAGAAACCCCAGUAUAUCGAUUCUCCUUGGCUGAUGGAACUAUAGUAACUGCACAAACUAAGAGCAAACUCUUCCGAAACCCUGUAACAAAUGAUCGUCAUGGCUUUGUCUCAACCCACUUUCUUCAAAGAGAACAGAAUGGGUAUAGACCAAACCCAAAUCCUCUUGGACAAGGCAUUAGACCUCCUGUAGCUGGGUGCAACAAUUCAGUAGGUGGCAUGAGCAUGUCACCAAACCAAGGCUUACAGAUGCUGAGCAGCAGGACCUAUGGCUUGGCAGACCCUACUGCCACAGGGCAGAUGAGUGGAGCUAGAUAUGGGGGCUCCAGUAACAUUGCUUCACUGAACCCUGGGCCGGGCAUGCAGUCACCAUCUUCCUACCAGAACAACAACUAUGGUCUCAACAUGAAUAGUCCCCCGCACGGGAGUCCUGGCCUUGGCUCCAACCAGCAAAAUAUCAUGAUUUCUCCUCGUAAUCGUGGGAGUCCAAAGAUGGCCUCACACCAGUUUUCUCCUGUUCCAGGUGUGCACUCGCCCAUGGGAUCUUCUGGCAAUACUGGGAGCCACAGCUUUUCCAGCAGCUCUCUCAGUGCCCUGCAGGCUAUCAGUGAGGGUGUUGGGACUUCUCUUCUGUCUACUCUGUCUUCCCCAGGCCCCAAAUUGGAUAACUCUCCCAAUAUGAAUAUAACCCAGCCAAGUAAAGUGAACAGCCAGGAUUCCAAGAGUCCUCUAGGCUUAUAUUGUGACCAGAAUCCAGUGGAGAGUUCAAUGUGUCAGUCAAAUAGCAGGGAUCACCUCAAUGACAAAGAAAGUAAAGAGAACAAUGUAGAAGGGUCAGAGAAUCAGAGGGGUCCUCUGGAAAGCAAAGGUCAUAAAAAAUUGCUGCAGUUACUUACCUAUUCUUCAGAUGACCGAGGUCAUUCCUCCUUGACCAACUCUCCCCUGGAUUCGAGUUGUAAAGACUCAUCCCUUAGUGUCACCAGCCCCUCUGGAGUCUCCUCUUCUACUUCUGGAGGCGUGUCCUCCACGUCCAAUAUGCAUGGGUCACUGUUGCAAAAGAAACACAGAAUUUUGCACAAGUUGCUGCAGAAUGGGAAUUCGCCAGCUGAAGUAGCCAAGAUAACAGCAGAAGCCACCGGGAGAGACACCAGUAGUACAGCUCCUUGUGGAGAAGGAAAUGUCAAGCAGGAGCAGCUAAGUCCUAAGAAGAAGGAAAAUAAUGCACUUCUUAGAUACCUGCUAGAUAGGGAUGAUCCUAGUGACACCCUCUCUAAAGAGCUACAGCCCAAAGUGGAAGGCAUUGAUAGUAAAAUGAGUCAGUGUGGCAGCUCCACCAUUCCUAGUUCGAGUCAAGAAAAAGACUCUAAAAUCAAGACAGAAACAAAUGAAGAGGGACCUGGAGACUUGGAUCAUCUAGAUGCUAUUCUUGGUGAUCUGACGAGUUCUGACUUUUACAAUAAUUCCAUAUCCACGAAUGGUGGUAGUAAUCUGGGAACCAAGCAGCAGAUGUUUCAAGGAACUAAUUCUCUCGGUAAGGAAAGAACAGGUUUGAGAAGUCCACAGUCUGUGCAGCCCAUUCGUCCUCCUUAUAAUCGAGCAGUGUCUCUAAAUAGCCCGGUGCCUGUCGGCUCAAGCCCUCCAGUGAAGAAUAUCAGUGCUUUCCCCAUGUUACCAAAGCAACCCGUGUCGGGUGGGAAUCCAAGAAUGAUGGAUAGUCAAGAAAAUUAUGGCUCAAAUAUGGCUGGACCAAACCGGAAUGUGACUGUGACUCAAACUGCUUCCUCAGGAGACUGGGGCUUACCAAACUCAAAGGCUAGCAGAAUGGAGCCUAUGAGUUCAAACUCCGUGGGGAGACCAGGAGCAGAUUUUAACGCUACUUUGCCCAGACCUGUGGUGGCUGGCUCCAUGCCCACCCUGCCUGUUCGGUCCAGUGGUGCACCAGGCAUGAGACCAGGGUUGCAGCAACAGCAGCAACAGCAGCAGCAGCAACAGCAACAGCAGAUGCUUCAAAUGAGGUCUGGUGAGAUUCCCAUGGGAAUGGGGGUCAAUCCUUAUAGCCAAGCAGCACCAUCUAACCAACCAGGUUCCUGGCCAGAUGGCAUGUUAUCUGUGGAACAAGGCCCUCAUGGGACUCAAAAUAGGCCACUUCUUAGGAAUUCUCUGGAUGAUCUCCUUGGGCCACCAUCUAACCUAGAAGGCCAGAGUGAUGAAAGAGCAUUGCUGGACCAGCUGCACACACUCCUAAGCAACACAGAUGCUACAGGCCUGGAAGAAAUUGACAGAGCUUUGGGCAUCCCUGAACUUGUAAAUCAAGGACAAGCUUUGGAGCCCAAACAGGAAGCUUUUCAAGGCCAGGAAGCAGCAGUCAUGAUGGAUCAGAAGGCGGCAGCAUUGUAUGGGCAGACGUACCCAGGACAGGGGCCCCCAAUGCAAGGAGGCUUUACUCUUCAGGGACAGUCAUCGUCCUUUAACUCUGUGAUGAGUCAGAUGAGCCAGCAAGGCAGUUUUCCUCUCCAGGGAGUGCAUCCGAGGGCCAGCAUCGUGAGGCCGCGGACGAGCACCCCCAGGCAGCUGCGGAUGCAACUUCAGCAGAGGCUGCAGGGCCAGCAGUUUUUGAAUCAGAGCCGUCAGGCACUGGAAAUGAAAGUGGAAAAUCCCACUGCUGCGGGGGCUGCGAUGAUGAGGCCCGUGAUGCAGCCACAGGUGAACUCACAGCAGGGCUUUCUCAACGCCCAGAUGGUCGCCCAGCGGAGCAGAGAGCUGCUCAGUCAUCACUUCCGACAGCAGAGGGUGGCGAUGAUGAUGCAGCACCAGCAGCACCAGCAGCAGCAGCAGCAGCAGCAGCAGACGACCCAGGCCUUUAGCCCGCCCCCUAAUGUGACUGCCUCCCCCAGCAUGGAUGGCGUUUUGGCAGGACCUGUGAUGCCCCAGGCUCCACCACAGCAGUUUCCAUACCCACCAAAUUACGGAAUGGGCCAACAACCUGAUCCAGCCUUUGGUCGAGUGUCUAGUCCUCCCAGCGCAAUGAUGUCAUCAAGAAUGGGUCCCUCCCAGAAUCCCAUGAUGCAGCACCCUCAGACUGUACCAAUGUAUCAGUCCUCCGAAAUGAAGGGCUGGCCAUCGGGGAACCUGGCCAGGAACAGCUCCUUUUCCCAGCAGCAGUUUGCCCACCAGGGGAAUCCUGGGGCUUAUAGUAUGGUGCACAUGAAUGGCAGCAGUGGUCACAUGGGACAGAUGAAUAUGAACUCAAUGCCCAUGUCUGGCAUGCCCAUGGGUCCUGAUCAGAAAUAUUGCUGACAUCUCUACAGCAGGACCUCCAAGGACAUCAUUUGUACAAAUGACAAUGCACUCGAAUUAGCAGGAGGUAAAGAAUCAUUGUUUCAGGCGUCCAGCCUUGAGGAAACGACCAGCUUCGAUCUCUGUCAAGGGUAUUCCAAGUGAUGUCAUUUGAACAGGGCUGGAUUUUAAGCUGAAGUGCAAUAUCUACCUGAUUUUUUUUUUUUUUCCCCCUCUGUGUAUCAUGGUGUUGAAAACAGACAAAUACUUUUUGAGAUUCUGCCUCCUAGGGAUGUGAUUCUGGAGAUACGGAGUAUUCCUGAUUGUGAAAGCCUCCCGUUGUCACUUCUUUCUGCCUUGUUACCCAGUCUGUCAGAAGUAAUGGUGGGCCAGAGAAAUUGGAGAAGCCAAGAGCGAUGAAACCAUCUGUGUUCUCUAGUUGCAGUGUUGGACAAAGAGCACAGCCUCAAGUCUUGUCACGACCAGGCAGUUUCUGUCAUGUUGGCCUUUGUCCUAGUGGAAGUGGCAUUUCUGAGUUCUUUUAAUUAUACUGUUGAGUCGCUCAGUCCCUGGCUUUCUCCUAACUAGAAUUUUCAUUUGCUCCUAAUAUCCUGUAAUACUUCACCUCCAGGAAUUGUCACUGAUGCCAAGUGGCUUUGCAGAAGGGAGAAAUGAGCUGACAGUAUUUAAUUGCAGCAGUAGCAGUUUUUUCACAUGCUCAUGUGCAGCCGAGUGCACUUUAUUUAAAAAAAGCAAUGGAUAAAUGCAAUAUUUGUGAGGUCUUGAGGAAUGGCGAAACCACAUUCCUGGUUUUUUGUCUAAACGAAACUGUUGGACAAGAAUUGUGAUUUGUUUUGAAAGUACUGGUGUCACCCUUUGCCUAUAUGGUAGAGCAAUAAUGCUUUUUGAAAAUAAACUUCAGCAAACCCAAGGCCAGGUACUGCAUUCUGAAUCAGAAUUUCGCAGUGUUUCUGUGAAUAGAUUUUCUGUGUAAAUAGGACCUUUAAGAUAUUGUAUCAUGUAAAAUAUGUAUAUACCUCUUUUUGUAGGUCACAACAACUCAUUUUUGCAGAGUUUGUGAAGCAAAAUAUUUAACAUUGUUGAUUUCAGUAAGCUCAGCGUGGUGAGGUUACAAACGAGAGACAGCCCCUCAGCCACCUGGGGAGGGGACAGUGAUCCACAACGUGUCCUUUCCCAGCCUCAGAUGCCUCGCUCUUCUCAGUCUCUUAUUCUAAACCUAAAUGUUUUUGGAGGAGAUCAGUUGUUUAGAUGUCUGCAGUUGCAUUUUUUUUCUUUCUAAUGCCUCUGCCAUAACUAAGCACUUUGUUAAUUUUGGGGGAAAGACUAGAGAUGGGUAGAUAAACUUUUUAAAAAAGGUAUCAGGAGUUUAAAAAAAAAAAUUGAUUAAAAAAAAAUUCUUUUGGAUUUUAGAUGAUCCGUAAAUUAAGUGAUAGCAAUUCACAGUUUUUUUUAAAUUGAAUAUGUUGCCUUUUCAUCAUUUUAGGAGUGCUUUAAGGUUUUGGUUGUUACGACCUGAAUCCCGCAUUGAGAUCUUGCCCACAUUGAGAUCUCAAGUAGACUCCUUCAUGUGCGGCUUCCAGCGUCUGUCCAGCUGUCUUGUCAUUCUGCUGUUGUGAUACUUGCACUAUGUCCCUGUGGGAUAGAAUCAUGUCAUUGUUAUUUCCCACAGAGCUUAGUCCCCAAAUCAGCCAGUCUGACUGGGUGCCCUUGCACCCUCCUUUUCUGCUCCCUGACACUUUUCUGCUAUUGCUACUGCUUGGCACCUAUAGUUGCCAGUUGAGAGUAGGGAGAAAAAAAAUCAGGUUUAAUUCCCUAUAUCUGGGUUACUUAUGUGGUUCAAACAGUUGAACGAAAUUGGGAUUUUGGAAUAUCUAUGGAUUUCAAACGUCUGUGCCAGCCUUGGUGUCGUUUCCUAGCAAUAAUUGAGAGCCAGUUGAUUUUUUUUUUUUUUUUUUCAAUUUCAAACAUGUUUAGCCAGUAUUUCUAGAUGUCUCUGAAGGUAAGAUCAUUGAAUUUCUUUGACUUGAUUAAGUGAAACCUGGUAUUUUCAGAACCACCACCAAGUUUUCACAUGGAUUUUAUUUUCUCAACAGUGUGUAUACAAUUAUGAGUUUGCCACUUCUACCCCUCCCUGCCCUCAAGGUCAAAAAUAAAUUUAAGAUUGUAACUCCAUAAACUUCUAUCAUGGUGGCCUGUACUUUUCAGAUACCAUAUUCUGCCCUUUGUUUGAAGAUAGAGGCAUACAUAGAUGAGUAAGAGUCUCUGUCUUUUUAGACACAGCUGUGUCGUGUGUGUCUGAACCUUCCUUGUUUAAGUCAUGUGUGGGGAGAGAUAGAAUGGUGCUCUUACCUUUCUUGACUUUUAAAAAUUAUUAAAAACAAACAAGCAAACAAAAGAAACCCCCCAAAAUUUUGUGAUUCUUUUCCUCAAUCCUGACUCCAGGCUAACUGGAAGGCAGCACCCCUUUUAUAUGGACAGAAACAAAGUUUAGGAUAAGUUUUUAUAUUUUCUACUUGUUCAUUUUAUUGGUGUACACUUAAGAUUUUGCCUUUCUUUUAAUAGAUGCAGUCUUUGAGGUAAUUUGUUGUUUUUACUUUUAUUGCCCUUUUACCUUUUUGAAUAAUUGUUUUUGUACUUCCACUGCCUACCUCCCCUCCCACUCCUCUCAUUUUUCUAAACCUUCGUAUCUGUUGGGUGAACAGUUUAAGUAAUCUUUCCAUUUGCUUUUAGAAUGUGGAAUAUUUCCAGUACUUACUUUUGCUGAAUCCAAAGAUAUAUAAGUAUAUAAUAUAUAUAUUUUAUAAAGAUCAAAAUGAUAUAAAGGAGAUACAUGUUUCUUCCUUGAAAAAACAAAUGGAAAUUGCGUUGUUAAUGUUCAUGUUAUGGUGACACUUUCCUAAACUGUGCAUCUGGACUGACAGGUGUAAAUAUCCGUAAACAGGACUAAGUAGUUCAUCAGUAUUUAAUAUCUGAGGUGAGUCGGGGGUAUGUAGGGUAGGGGUCUACAGGAGAUAAUUGGCUUGCUGCCCUAGAAUUUGUUUAAUCCAGAAAUAUCUUCAGCUGGAAAGUAAACAGAAUUGGAUUGCCUGUUACCCAUAUGCCUGUCCAGUUCCCUUUUGAUUUGCAGAAGCCAUGAGUUUUGUUCAUAAGUGGGAGAUUCAUUGGAGCAAAACCUUUAGGGUAGGCGAAAAUUUCCCCAGCAAGGGAGCAAGAGCUGUUUUCCAGCCCCAAGGCGACUAUUUACUUACGAGCAGGGUGUUUUCUUUUUCCUUCUCUCUCUCUCAAAUAUGUGGAAUUUUGAAGAAGAUGGAAAUGUCAUUCUGAGAGCAAUAUUCAAAUUCUCAGGAAUUGACGUGUAGUAUUGAGAAUGAAUUCAGUUUCAGUCAAGUUUACAUUAAGCGUUUGGGGAAAAAAAAAGUCUUUAAAUCAUUCUUUACACUGCAAAGACUCCAGACCACAUGGGAUAACUUACGAGAUGGUUUGGUGGUAAGCUAUGACUGCUUGGCUGAUUGUUUUGGAUGUCGUUGUAAAUAAAGGUUUCUAUUUAAAAUUGGAACUUAGGAGCUUGCUUGCCUUUUUUUUUUUUUUUAAUUUUAUUGAUUAAAUUCAUGUUAGAUUGAGGGUAAAACAGACUGUUAAGCUUAAUUCGAAUAGCAAUAGGUGUUUCUAUAAGGUCAAAUUUUUUUUUUGUUGGGGAUGGAUCCUUGGCCUCUUUGGGGCAUUGAAAAGCAUGGGAAUACUUUUUAAUAAAAUCUGAGUGCUUAGAAAUUCUCUGCAUCAACCGUCAAAUGAGAAAUGGGUUGGAGUAGGAGAUUGCUCCCAUUUUCCCUUUCUGGAUUUCUGACUGCUACACAAAGAAGGGCUGUGUGAGGUGACUCGCUUUGUGUAGUAAUACUUUUUUAAAGUGAAGUCUUAAACCUGGUGUGAUGUGAGACUUGCCUGGGAGAUCUCUGAGGUAUGGUAUAGUUCAGUAAGAAAUAUGGUAAGUAUUAAUAAUUUAUGACCAUCUAUUCACCUUUUAAGGAAUCGCUGGGUGGUGCAAAUGGUUAAGUGCUCGGCUACUAACUGAGAGGUUGGUGGUUCGAGUCUAUUCAGAGACUACUCAGAAGAAAGGCUGGCAAUCUGCUUUUGAAAUUCAGCCAUUGGAAACCCUGGGGAGCACAGUUCUGCUCAGAAACACACGGGGUUGCCAUGAGUCAGGAUCAACUCAAUGGCAGCUGGUUUAGUUUUGUUUUAUUCCCCUUUAAAAGACCCUCUAAACCCAAAGCAGCUCCUUCCAAAAAGGUGUUCACUGGUAGUACCUUGGAUGAUUCUUUAUCUUAAACCAAACCCAACCAGAUAACUCUAAGAAUGGCCUUUUACAAAAUGUCGAAGGUGCUUCAUUGGCUAGGGUUUUGAACACUGUAUGACAAUACUUAAACUACAAAAUUUCUUUACAAAUAAAAUUUCAUUAAAACUUGGGACAUACAUCAAUUCCAUUUCUUUUCAGUACCUUAAAAAACAUCGGUUCCAGGACAGAUCACAAAGGAACACUGAGAGAAAUGGUAUCUGGGCAGGAACAGACAUGCCUACAACUGCACGGGGUUCUUAACACUGGCCACAGAGCGUUUAUUGACAUCACCACUCUAGAAAAUUGGGUUUUCUUAAUUAGAUUCCCCUAAAAGUUCCCAUGUUGGUUACAUUUAAAUGGUCACAUAUGUACAGUAAAGUCCAGUUCUUCAGAGGCAACCAGGGUUGUAGUGCUAGGUAAAUGGUCCCUUUUUUUUUGUGCUAUUGAUUCAUUAUCAAAAUCUUUUCACUGUUUCCAGCAUCUGUCUGCAAGUUGCCUCUGUCUUGUUUCUUAGUUCCUUUGUGACGAGCCAGAAGAAUAAGAGGGUUUAAAACAGGAUUGUUGUUCCCAUAUGUUAAAAAAAAAAAAUCCAGUGACUUUCACCCUUGGGGGAAAUUUCCAAGAAAAUACUUCUGUUCUUUUUCCCUUCUGAGCCUUGCAGAGAGGGUUAGUGUUAGUGGUGACUUUUUGAUAUGAAAAUGCGUUUUGUGCGGCUGGUGAGGUAUAAUCCAAAGCAAAAGCAGGUGCAAAAAUGGACUUCUGAAGUAUCUCUACUCCCGAUGGUUAUCCUCCAGAAUUUGCCAUGUUGACUGAAAGCGCAAGGUCUGUCUGUUUCAGGCCUUCUGGCUAGCAGCACAGGUCUGCUUGAAAUCGCAUGUGGUUUUCACUGCCGGAGCAGCGCACAUCGCUGUCUAGUCAUGAAGCCCCUUUAGGUUUGGAGGUCGUCUUAGUGCUUCUUAGCCUAGCCUUCCCAGCCUUCCCACAGUUGGCCCCUGUAUAACAAAGCAAACUCAAAUUAGUACUUGACUGCUGUUUACACACUUCUUAGUCACACAGCUGAGUUAGCUUUGCUUCAGGGAUGUGGCUGCUGAGAAGGACUAUUCUAAGUUACUUGGAAAGGGGUUACUACCACCUAGGUCUCAGGUUUGCAGGUGGCUCACACACCCCAUGGCUGGCAAGCAUGGCAUUUCAGGAUCUGGAAAGAAUAGUGGCUAAAGAGUGUAAGCUGUGAAGAUUCUGUGCUGUGAUAACUUUAUUGUCCCAUUAAAGCCACAGAGGUUUGUUUACAUACGUAGAACGAAAUGUGUAGAGCCGAGAUUGCACAGGGUAGCUCGCUGAGGUCAUUGGUUUGCUUGCAUGGUAUCUUAAUGUCAGGUCAGUUGCCAGUAUUAAAAAAGGGUUUUUAACACAUAUCUGUGUAUCUGCACUGUCUCAGUGCAUUAGAUCUGGCAGACUGUACCUCAUUCCUGCUUGGAAAGACUGGCAGCUCCCUGUCGACUAGUUGUGAACUUCACAGGUGGCCACAGCCUCCACACAGCCUACUCACUGGCACUGAGUGAGAGUUCUGUAGCGUGGACUUUAGGGAAGUCGUUUACACGAGGCCACCCUGCUGCUGCUAUCACGGACCAGUUAACACUUCUGUUUGCAGUCACAGCCUUCAAGAUGUCUGGCAGUUACACUAGUUAAAUGCUGCUUAACUAAGUAAUACCCUGAAUUUACUGAGCAGCACAGAUGAUUGCACAGAGAGCAGCAGUGUAUCAGACAAGGCGACGAGGUGUUAAUCUACAACAUAAAACGUAUCCCAGCAUGUUAUCUUACAGGAAGCACGUUCCUGCCUCCCCUCAUGGGAACGGAUGAAAAAUGGCAUGCACACAGGAAAAGCACAGAAUGAAGCAAGCCAGAACCAGUGCUCUCUGUAUAAACUGGUUCCUCAACUCACAGUGAUCUGGAAGCAGGUCUCUUCAUUUCUGGCCACUUUCGACGCUGAAACUGCCUAAGUUUUCAAGUGUCAAAAGGAGAAUGAGCAUUAACCAUCACCAAGAAAGACAGAGCCAUCCCCAAAGAACCAGACACAGAAGGUCUCCUUAGGUGUCACCUAUCACCGAUGGGUAAGCCAGGCCCCUGGCAGACCAGAGAGAGGGCAGUCUCUCCACAGGACAGGUGCAUCCUCACAGAGAUUAUUAGGUUAAUGGAUGGACCGAGAGACUGGCCCUUUCCUCAGGCUUUCAGGACAAAAUUGAAUACCUGUAUUGCUCGUAGCUUCCUCCAUCUUUAAGUCCUAAAUGAGGGAGACAUGAACAAAAUAGACAGUUUAGGGCAAAAAUGGUACAAGCAAUGACAUUGUAUAAACCCUCACUUAAAAAAAAAAAAAAAACACUUUAGGCAUUUAGUCAC